AUGCUCAACUCCCAGUACCUGGCCUUGUUCACCAAGAACAAGGGCAUUGCAGAUCCCAACUGUGAUCCUUGUGCCGUGGCCAGGAAAGCUGCACAAGUGGCACGGCGACUGGCAACGCAGGAGUUCGAGCCGAGCCUCCUUCCCGAGGUCCAAGUGACCUACCAUGGGCUCCGGGAUGUCCGCACCAUCCCGCUCGUGCCUUCUUACCUGAUGUACAUACUUCUGGAGCUGCUGAAAAACAGCUUCCGGGCCGUUGCGGAGCACCACAAGACCACGAAGUCGGCAGACACCCCGGUGGUUCCCAUCGUGAUUCGAGUGGCAAGCGAUGAAACUCAAAUAGUGCUUGACAUUUUCGAUCGUGGUGGUGGCAUUCCCUUUGUGCAGCAGCAGAAGAUCUGGAGCUACAUGUACUCCACCAGGAGGACGUUGCCGCCCGGAGCUGAAAGCGACGAGGAGGCCACGCCGCUUGCGGGGUUUGGAGUGGGCUUACCCUUGUCCCGGCUCUAUGCCGAGUACAUUGGAGGGUCCUUGCAGCUCGUCAGUAUGCCGAACUUCGGCACGCAUGCUUUUCUUUUCCUACAGCGCUGUAGCAGCCGCAAGGAAGGCAUGCCAACCUACGUGAACUGGCUGCGGAAGCGCCACCUUCUCGAGGAGCUCUUGGACUUGGAAGCAAGGAAGCGGGCGGCGGCGGAGAUUGAGGAUUACGCGGAGGCGCUGCGGCUCAAAGGCUUAGCCGCAGAGGCACGCGCCAAGUUGAAAGAGUUCUACUAG